CCUCGGAGGGAGCCAGCCCAGCCGCAGCCGCCGCCACCGCCGCCGCCGGGGCCGGGCCCCCUCGCCGCUGCCCCGGGAAGGAGGUCUCGGCGCGGAAGAUGGCCGGCGGCGUGGACGGCCCCAUCGGGAUCCCGUUCCCCGACCACAGCACGGACAUCCUGAGCGGGCUGAACGAGCAGCGCACGCAGGGCCUGCUGUGCGACGUGGUCAUCCUGGUGGAGGGCCGCGAGUUCCCGACGCACCGCUCGGUGCUGGCCGCCUGCAGCCAGUACUUCAAGAAGCUGUUCACGUCGGGCGCCGUGGUGGACCAGCAGAACGUGUACGAGAUCGACUUCGUGAGCGCCGAGGCGCUCACGGCGCUCAUGGACUUCGCCUACACCGCCACGCUCACGGUGAGCACGGCCAACGUGGGCGACAUCCUGAGCGCCGCGCGCCUGCUCGAGAUCCCGGCCGUGAGCCACGUGUGCGCCGACCUGCUGGACCGGCAGAUCCUGGCGGCCGACGCGGGCGCCGACGCGGGCCAGCCGCAGCUGGGCGACGAGGCCGACCAGCGCAACCUGCUGCGCGCCAAGGAGUACCUCGAGUUCUUCCAGAGCAACCCCAUGAACAGCCUGCCCCCCGCCGCCGCCGCCUUCCCCUGGUCCGCCUUCGGCGCCUCCGACGACGACCUGGACGCCACCAAGGAGGCCGCGGCGGCCGCCGGCGACUGCAACGGCUUGGAUUUCUACGGGCUGGGGCCCCCGGGCGAGCGGCCCCCGGCGGGGGACGGGGACGAGGGCGACAGCAACCCGGGCCUGUGGCCGGAGCGGGACGAGGACGCCGCCGCCGCCGCCGCCGCCGGGGGCCUCUUUCCGCCCCCGGUGGCCCCGCCGGCCGCCACACAGAACGGCCACUACGGGCGCGCCGGCGAGGAGGAGGCGGCCUCGCUGUCCGAGGCGGCCCCCGAGCCCGGCGACUCGCCCGGCUUCCUGUCGGGCGCGGCCGAGGGCGAGGACGGGGACGCGGCCGACGCGGACGGGCUGGCCGCCAGCACGCUGCUGCAGCAGAUGAUGUCGUCGGUGGGCCGCGCGGGCGCGCUGGCGGCGGGCGACAGCGACGAGGAGUCGCGCGCCGACGACAAGGGCGUCAUGGACUACUACCUGAAGUACUUCAGCGGCGCGCACGACGGCGACGUCUACCCGGCCUGGUCGCAGAAGGGCGAGAAGAAGAUCCGCGCCAAGGCCUUCCAGAAGUGCCCCAUCUGCGAGAAGGUGAUCCAGGGCGCGGGCAAGCUGCCGCGCCACAUCCGCACGCACACGGGCGAGAAGCCCUACGAGUGCAGCAUCUGCAAGGUCCGCUUCACCAGGCAGGACAAGCUCAAGGUGCACAUGCGGAAGCACACGGGCGAGAAGCCGUACCUGUGCCAGCAGUGCGGGGCGGCGUUCGCGCACAACUACGACCUGAAGAACCACAUGCGCGUGCACACGGGGCUGCGCCCCUACCAGUGCGACAGCUGCUGCAAGACCUUCGUGCGCUCCGACCACCUGCACAGACACCUCAAGAAGGACGGCUGCAACGGCGUGCCCUCGCGCCGAGGCCGCAAGCCCCGCGUGCGCGGCGGCGGCGGCGGCGGGCCCGACCCCGGCCCCGGCGCGCCCGCGCCCGCCGGCGCCCCCGCCGCGCCCGGCUCCCCGGACGCGCGGCGCAACGGCGAGAAGCACUUUAAGGAGGACGACGAGGACGAGGACGAGGCCAGCCCCGACGGGCUGGGCCGCUUGAAUGUAGCGGGCGCCGGCGGUGACGGCGGGGGCGGCCCGGGGGCCGCGGCCGCCGACGGUCCCUUCGCUGCCGGACUCGCCUAGAAACCAAAAAAACAUACGAACGCGCGCGCAGACACCCGAGAGAGCGAGCGAAAAUCACCCACCACCCCCGAAAACACAGAACAGCAAAUCUAUCUAUAUACAGAUAUCUAUAAUCUAUAUAUAUAUAUACGGAUAUAUAGAUAUGAGCGCACCGAGCCUAGGACAGCUAGCGCUUCCCUCGGAUUCCCGCCGCCUCCCCCGCCGCGGGCUCCCGGGGCUCGGGUCGGGGUGUCCGUGGUCCCCGAGGAUCCCGAGCCCCCACCCCCGGGGCCUGGGGUCGGCCUCCCUCCCCCGCCCCUCGCUGGUUCCCACGCGUCUUUGAGAGGAGACUUUAAAUGCUUUCUGUCCGCUCUGAGCGGACGCUAAAAGGGGCCCGGUCCCCAGCCCCCCCAACCCUCCUUCCUCAGGGCACUUACUAAGGGGGGCCCCCUCUACCCCCCCCCCCCCCGCUUCCCCGCCCCCUGCCCGUGGCCUCGCACCCGGGGCUCCCGGCCGCCAGACACAAAUGUAUUUAUUCCCAACCCCGAGAGACAGCGCGCGGUGGCGAUCGGGGCGGGGCCGGGCCGGGGCCGAGGGGGGCGGGGCUCCUCUGCACGGCACUUAGGACCGGCAGGACCCCCUCCGCACGCGCCCCGCGCCGCCCACCGCCCCCCACCCCGCGUUUGGCCGUUCAAAAACUUGCGACUUUGCGCCCCCGCCCCCACUUUUUAAAGCACUUUUUAAAGGUCUUUUUUUUUUCUUUCUUCCCCCCCUUUUUUUUCUUUCCUUAAAAACCAGAUUUAUAUAUAGAUCUCUAUAUAGAUAUAUAUAUAUAAAGCAGACCUUCCCCCGAGGCCGGCGGCCGAGCCCCGGGCACCAGGGUCCCGCGAUGGCAGGGACGGGCGGGCGGGCAGGCGGCCCGAGGCCGGAGUCCUGAUGUCACAAAAAGCAAUAAAAAAACAAAAGGCAAAACCCAGAAAAACCGACACCCACAGCGCAGAUCUUUGCAGGAGGAGGCGAGAGCAGGCAGCCAGCCGCAGAGAACGGGUACUACACUUGAUCUUAAAUCUUAAUUUAAAAACAUGUUUACAAAUUGCAAUCAACUUCUAUGAAAAAUUGAAAAGACAAAAAAAAAAAAAAAAAAGGAACGACCGAGCGAGAGAGAGAGAGCGAGCGAGCGAGCGAGAGAGAGAAAGCAAAAGAAAUUCCUAAAAGUCGAUUUAUUUUUGUACAAAAUAAUAAUAAUAAAAAAAAACCCAGCGCAAACGGCGAAUCCACUUGUGUUCCCCAGGGCGGAGCAGCGGGGUCGGGGUCCGCGGGGGCUCAGGGAGCGGCCCUGCCCACGGUGCGGCCCCGGGGCGCGCGGCGGGGCCCCCACCCCCAGGGCCUUACACCCCCCCACGCCCCCUCUUUUUACUCAAAGGCACUGACUGUAACCCGGGGGCGGCACCCGCCUCCCCCGACCUCCGACCCCCACAAAGGCCCGGCGUUGGCCGAGCCGCAGGCCACGGACGGGGGCCGGGGUCGGGGAGGCGCCCGCGCCCCGCGCCCUCCUCCCGCAUAUGCAACGCCCGGCGUGGGACCCCGCGAGCGCGCGCGCUGCCCAGCUGAGACCCCCGCCCCGCGCGCCAGCCGCGGCCUGGGUGCCCCCUCCUCCGUGACAAGCGUCCUUCUCGUCCUUUUUUUUUUUUUUUUUUUAAAGGGAAACUUGCGGAAAAGACGGCGGUUUUCGCUCCCUCCCCCGCGCGCCCCCCACCCCGGAAGUCUCAGGAUCCCGCUCGGAGGCCGCGCGGCACGGGCCCGGCCUGGCGUGCGCCCCGCAGCGCCGACGGAACAGGCCAGGGACCCCCACUCCCUCCCGCCCCCCAGAGAGGUCCCC